CAGCUGAAUUUCCCAUUUUCUUCUCCAAAACCAGGAAAAUUUACACUGCAAAACCACCAGAAAUGGCCCACACCCUCAUGAGUCAAAGGGUAAUUUACCAAAAUGGGAUAUGAUAAACCCAUUUCUUUAUUCAGCGCUUUCAAAAGAUUCAAUCUUGGAAAUGCCCAGAAUGAUGUCCAGUUACUGCUUAUACACCUGAAUCAGCAUGCAGUUGCAUGUGAUGAUAUAGAUACAGGGUUGAGAGAGAGAGAGAGAGAGAGAGAGAGAGAGAUUCGGAAAUCCCAAAGAUUUUAGUGAAUUCUCUCUCAUAGAUUAAUUGAAUGGCGAAUGCAUCUGGGCUGGUUGCUCCUACAGCUCCCAGUUUGAGGAGGAGAUUUUCUCAAUCAUUAGGAAUCUAUCGAUCUGGGUUUUGGUUCUACGACGGCGUUUCGAGGCUAACAGUGUGUUCUAGUGCGGCGCAGGGCGCAGAGAAGCUUUCCCUUGCUGAACCCAAAGCGCGCAGACUUGUCAGCAAAGGGUGCAAGUUAGUUGGAUGUGGCUCUGCACUGCCAAGUAUUCAAAUAUCCAAUGAUGAUCUCUCAGAAAUUGUCGAUACUUCUGAUGAAUGGAUAUCUGUUCGGACUGGAAUUAGAAAUCGGAGAAUACUUUCCCGAAAAGACAGCUUGACGGCUAUGGCUACAGAGGCUGCACAGAAAGCUCUCCAGAUGGCUGAGGUCGACCCCGAUGACGUUGACCUCGUGUUGCUGUGUACUUCAACUCCAGAAGACUUGUUUGGGAGUGCUCCUCAGAUUCAAAAAGCACUUGGCUGCAGUAACAAUCCGUUGGCUUAUGAUAUUACGGCUGCCUGCAGUGGCUUCCUAUUGGGCCUAGUUUCAGCUGCUUGCUAUAUUCGAGGGGGUGGCUUCAAUAAUGUUCUUGUGAUCGGGGCUGAUGCUCUAUCGCGUUAUGUUGACUGGAACGACAGAGGAUCAUGUAUUCUCUUUGGUGAUGCUGCCGGUGCUGUUUUACUACAGUCGUGUGAUAGCGAAGAAGACGGUUUAUUUGCUUUCGACAUGCACAGCGAUGGUGAAGGUCAGAGGCACUUAAAAGCCGGCAUGAAGGAAAACGGCAGGGAUGAGUUGGGCACAAACGGUUCGCUCCUUGGACUCCUGCCCGAGGCCCCGUCCUCGUUCUCGUGCAUCGAGAUGAAUGGUAAAGAGGUCUUCCGCUUUGCUGUCCGUGUCGUUCCACAUUCGAUCGAACUGGCCCUAGAGAAGGCAGGUCUUGGUGUGUCCAAUAUAGACUGGCUACUACUGCAUCAGGCGAACCAGAGAAUAAUCGAUGCAGUAGCCACGCGUCUGGAGGUUCCCCCGGAGCGAGUCAUAUCCAAUCUGGCGAACUACGGGAACACGAGCGCUGCCUCGAUCCCGUUGGCGUUGGACGAGGCCGUGAGAAGCGGGAAGGUCCGAGGUGGCGAUACCAUCGCCACAGCGGGUUUCGGAGCCGGCCUUACGUGGGGCUCGGCUAUCGUUAGAUGGGGAUGAAUUGAUCAUCACUUCUCUCAGUUGUGUUUUGCUCUGUUAUUUGAUUUGUUCAACACUGCAAACUGCAACUGUAAAUUAACAAUCUCUGCUGAUUAUGCCAAAAAAUUCCUCUUUCUUUACCAAA